GGAUAUUUAUAGCCUAUAGCGAGGCUGCAGCACAGAGAUAAGGCUUGGGACCAAGCCGCAGGCAGACGGACACAGGCAGGGCUUAAGGAAAAGAGGACACGUCGAAAUGAAACAGUUCCUUUCGGUAGUUUUGUUCGGGGCGGCCGUGGUCGCCCUGACCGGCGCGGCUGGUACCGACGGGGAGAUCUCCUUCGAGUAUCAUCGUUAUGAGGAGCUCCGUAAGGCGCUGGUGUCGGUGUGGCUGCAGUGCCCGACCAUCACCCGCAUCUACACCAUCGGGGAGAGCUUCGAGGGCCGCGAGCUGCUGGUGCUGGAGAUGUCCGACAACCCCGGGACGCACGAGCCUGGUGAGCCUGAGUUUAAGUACAUCGCCAACAUGCACGGCAACGAGGCAGUGGGCAGAGAGCUGCUCAUCUACCUGGCUCAGUACUUGUGCAACCAGUACCAGCAAGGCAACGAGACCAUUAUCGAUCUCUUGCACAACACACGCAUCCACCUGAUGCCCUCCAUGAACCCCGAUGGCUUCGAGAAGGCAGCUUCACAGCCCGGCGAGAUCAAGGAUUGGUUUGUGGGCCGCAGUAAUGCAAAGGGCGUGGAUCUGAACCGCAACUUCCCCAAUCUGGACCGCAUCAUCUACAUCAAUGAGCGGGAGGGAGGAGCCAACAACCACCUGCUGCAGAAUAUGAAGAAGGCUGUGGACGAAAACAAAGAUCUGGCUCCAGAGACCAAGUCAGUGAUCCACUGGAUCAUGGAUAUCCCCUUUGUCCUCUCAGCUAACCUGCAUGGAGGAGAUGUGGUGGCCAACUACCCAUACGAUGAGACCCGCACUGGCUCUACCCAUGAGUACAGUGCCAGUCCAGAUGAUGUGAUGUUCAAGUCUCUGGCAAGGGCCUACUCCAUCUACAACCCCGUCAUGUCUGACCCUCACCGACCCCCCUGCCGUAAGAACGACGAUGACUCCAGCUUUAAGGAUGGCAUCACUAACGGAGGAGCCUGGUACAGCGUGCCAGGGGGAAUGCAGGAUUUCAACUACCUCAGCAGCAACUGCUUUGAAAUCACUUUGGAGCUCAGCUGUGACAAAUUCCCCAAUGAGGACACACUGAAGAACUACUGGGAACAGAACCGCAACUCACUCGUCAACUACAUUGAACAGGUUCACCGUGGCGUCAAGGGCUUUGUGCGUGACCUGCAGGGCAACCCCAUUUCCAAUGCCACCAUUUCUGUGGAGGGUAUUGACCAUGACAUGACCACAGCCAAAGAUGGAGACUACUGGCGCCUACUGGCUCCAGGAAACUACAAAGUGGCAGCCUCUGCUCCUGGCUACCUGACUGUCAUCAAGAAGGUGGCUGUUCCCUACAGCCCUGCAACCAGGGUGGACUUUGAGCUGGAGUCUCUGGUGGAGAGGAAGGAGGAGGAGAGAGAGGAGCUGAUGGACUGGUGGAAGAUGAUGUCAGAGACACUGAACUUCUAAAACGCUUCGUCGGGCUGACGAUCGGACCGUCCGCACAUCGAUGUAAUAUAUUCGACAUUCUGUGUGCCCGUCCACUCUAAAAAAAGAAUAUAUUGUCUCUUAUUUGUUUUGUUCUCUUUCAGUCAUUAUUUUAAUUGAUUAUAUUGUUUAUUAAUGUAACGGUUUGCCUCAUACUCCUGUAGAUUAUUUGAAUAUCCUGAAGACACACACACACACUGACAGACACAGGAGGAAUUUACAGGUCGUUUGGUGGCAAUGAGAUGUUAAGGUGUUAAUUUCUGUGGUAUUGUGUUCGUUAUCGUACACGUGAUUGGUAACCAUGGCACCCACCUAUAUAACCAAGGAGUGACUGAGUAACAAUGUGUGUAAAAGAGCUGUUUACAUAAUUGCCACAUGGCUCUGUUCAUAAGAAUUUGUCAUUUUUUUCCAGUUUUAAAUGUCUCUGUUUCUCCAGGCUUUAGUACAGACACACAAACACACCCUGGUGCAUGCAAAAACACAGACCCAUUCAUGUCCUAAUAAUCACACGCAAACACACAAGCGUGCGCACACACACAGACGGACAGAAAAUUUCAGAUUGUCAUUUUUUUCCUGUAGUAUAUAAAAUGCAACGCUAUGGUUUUGAGAUAAUCAGGGACAUUAAAAACACUGUUAAACCACUGUAAACAUUAUAUUAUCUAUUGUAAACAAUCUUUACAGGCAAACCCAUUUACCUGUAUGUUAUCGAUGUUGGGAAAAUGUUUUUUUAAACUGAAUGCAGCACAGCUUUGAUUUUAGCACAAGAUGGAUGGUAAUAAUAUAUACUGUAUUUAUGAAUUAGUUAUAGCAAGAAAUAUGUGUUUUUUGUAACAUAAAAAUAAAAAAAAUCAAAGAUAUGAAUCUGUCCACCUCAGUCUACCUGAAGCCAUUCCUUUGUAUGUGCACUACACAGGGAAUACUAUGGUACAGAAGGGACUGUGGUACAUGAAGAAGUUGUUUUUCAA